UAUUUUUAUUAAUUAGAUGUUAAUAACUUUGUAAUAAGAACUAAAUAACUUACAAUAAAGUGGCAAAGAGAAAGAAUAAAGGAUUGAGAGUUUAUAUAUUAAUCUGCAAGAAAUAUAUAAUUUAUAAUCUAAUUUGGAUAAACCAGCACAGACAAAAAAUAACAUGCUACACUAAGUGAGACCUGAAGUUUUUCAUUAAAUAAUACAAUUUUUAGAUUUGAAAAGCUUUUUUCAAUUUCGUUUGCUAAGCAGACGAGCAAAUGAUGUUAUAAAAUUAAUGAUUCCUCAAAAAAUAAGUUGUAUUUAAAAGUAGAUGUCUGAACAUCAGGAUGAAUUAUAAUUGAAAAUUUAGCUAUCACAAGAAGAGGCUAAGGAUGAGAAUUCUUAAAAUAUGUUGUAAGCAGCCUUUGAUGGAUUAAAUUAACUUUAAAAAGCUCACAUCAAUGAAUUAAAAGCUUUAGCAAGACCAACUGAAUUAAUUGAGAGGAUAAUUAAUCUUAUAUGCUUAAUUUUAGAUUCUAAAUUUAAGAUAUAAAAAGACAAUUGGCGUGAAUGCCAAAAGAUUUUAAGUCGACAAGAUUUUUUAUAAUAAAUUAUAAGUUUGGACAUUAAUAGCAUUAAUGAUAAAUAACUUAAGUAAAUAGAAUAAGUGGAAAGUAUAUCACCAGAAUAAGCUGGUGCUCAAUCUAUUGUUGCAAGAUCCCUGUUAAUUUUUUUAAAAGGUGUGGUUAAUAUUAGGUAAACUAAGUUAUACAUUUAUUAAAAUCAGAUUAAAGAGUUAAAACUUAAAAUAAAAAAAGAAGAAUAAGUGAUUGAAAGGUUAGGAAAAAUAAUGAAUAAGUGA